AUGUCGACGUCUAUGACAGAGACUACUACUACGCGCGUGCGACGCGCUCCCAACAAAGGUCUUGUGCCGGAGCCUAGAUUUGAUCCGGCUGAGCAUCUCGCUUAUCAGCCACCAACUGAGCAGCUCACCAUGGAGCGAUUGGGACUAGGUCACGUACCAACGCCAUCCCCCAUCGGCGUCACCUCCCCCUUUCCCUUGGCAUCCCUCUCCGCCGUCACCGCUCUACGCAACUCUGUCCUCCAACCUCAGGUGCUGGAUGGAUACAUGACCGCCUCUGCCUUGGCAGGUCCACAUUGCCAGCUGAGAGGAAUGGCGCCCCAUGCAGCCAAGUUCGUCUACGACUUUUGGACACACCCAACGACAAUGAGGCACUUGUGCGAGGCGGCGGGAGAGGAUUUGAUUCCCGUCUUUGAGCUUGAGCUGGGACACACUAACAUCCAAGUUCCUAAGGGCAAGUCACGCGAGGACUACGUCAGGACCCUCCACCCCGAUCCCUUCCACAACACGCCCGCCAUGGAUCCACCGGCAGACUCCGAUCCCAAUCUCUCUGCCUCGUCCGACGAGGACACGCCAAUGGUCGUCGACUUUCACCGUGACGCUUAUCCUUGGGUGGCCGUCCUGAUGCUUUCUGACGUCUCCAGCAUGAUCGGCGGCGAGACUGCCCUGCGUCUGGGCUCAGGCGAGCUCUUCAAGGCUCGCGGACCCGCUCUAGGCUCCUGUGUAAUGAUGCAAGGUGGUUACAUCUCCCACGCCGCUCUUCCCUGUCGACCUCACCCCUCUCUCAAAGGUGCCGAUGCCAAAGCUGCCGUCAACGAACGAAUCACCAUGGUGACCUCUUUUCGCAAACGCUCCGCCUUUGGAUGGCGUGACGUGAGCAACUUGGAGAACAUCCGAUCUUGCUCGAACUGGAAUGAACUCUACGCACAGUGGGUUACCAGUCGAGUUAGUAUCCUCGAGGAAAAACUCAGCGGGUUCCGUCGUGUUCUCGAGGCACGAAGGAGGGAGGUAGAAGCUGAGCAUGGAGUAGUGGGUGGAUUACAGAGACCUGUCGUGAGCAUGCAGGAGUUUGAAGCACUCAAGAGGGAUGUGGAGGAUCAUCUUGAGAGAGCACUUCAGGAGAUGCUCCCUUAUGGACACGAUUCGGACCGCUUCACUCCUAUUGCGCCGGCUAGGGACAGUGCGGAGCAGAAGACUAUUGGGUACAGUCGGGAGAAGCUUUAG